UGGUGUCGACAGUGAGUAUAAUCCCGGAGGCUGCGGGGAGGAGAGAGGAGGGAAACAGCCCAGCUCUUAAAUAAAGCGCUUGAGUGCACCAGCAGCGCACAGGGCUCCGGCGCUGGCCAAUCUUCAAGGCUCAAGUCCAAGGCGGUGUAGAAUGGCAAAGCAAAGCAAGGAUCAAUAACAUGAGCAGAAGGACAGCCGUGGGGCUGAGAGCUUAAUUCCUGUGGAGAAGUUUUGGGCCCUCCUGUAAUAUUCUGUUACACCCCCUCGUUGAGGAAACAUUUCGAUGAGUUCCCGGAGCCAAAGUUUCUUCCACCGGACCCCACCCGGCCCCUCUUCCAAACCCCGGCUGGUAACUGGGGGAGUCCUGGGUGGGAUCGCUCAAAUCACCCCGUGCCUCUACCUCAGCAGUGGCAACGCAGCCACCAACCGCAACCUGGUCCUGUCCAAGGGCAUCACCUGCAUCAUCAAUGCGACCAUGGAGAUCCCCAAUGCCAACUGGCCUGAGGUUGAGUACGUCAAAGUGCCUGUCGCAGACCUGCCGCACGCCCCCAUCUCUCUGUAUUUUGACAGCAUUGCCGACAAAAUCCACAGCGUCAGUAAAAAGCACGGCUCGGCUUUGGUGCAUUGCGUUGCCGGUGUGAGCAGGUCAGCCUCCCUCUGCAUUGCCUACCUGAUGAAGUUCCACAAGAUCUCGCUCCUGGAAGCUCACAAUUGGGUCAAAUCUCACCGCCCCAUCAUCCGGCCCAACGUGGGCUUCUGGAGGCAACUGAUAGAAUAUGAGCGGAAACUGUUUGGCAAGAACAGUGUUAAAAUGGUGCAAUCUCCCAUUGGAGUCAUCCCUGACAUUUAUGAAAAGGAAACCAGGAACCUCACUCCUUUUUGGGGCAUUUAACACAAUUUGAGGGACUAAUCUGCUACUACUCUUGUAAAAAAAAAGGAUUUAAAGUCUCCCAGAGGAUCAUAAAUCUGAUGGAAAAUAUUAACACGUAGACACUGCUAAAUCCAUCAUAAAUGGAUUGAACAUCAGUUGUUCCGUUUCCCUUCAAGGCCCUCAGAUAAACCAGUGAUUCAGAAUACUGUAAAUUCAUUAAAAGUUGCUGGGCUUUAUACAGCUUUAAUAGUGGAAUUGAUUUCUUUGUAUUUAUUUUUAAACAUAGAUGUAUUUCUAAAAUUUAAUUCUACUUAUUUUAUCUCUUAAUGUUUUUAUCACAGUCCUUUCAGUGGACAUGCAGGCAGAUAUUAAGACGUCUGAUAUUGAAGUGGAUGAGAUGUUAGACUAUAGAAUGGCGAGUUCUUGCUUGAAUUGUGAACAAUUGUACAGACUUCAAAACAUAGCCUCAGAAUCUCUCCUCCUCCCAUCUGUAAGCUGCUGCUAUGAACUUGGCAAGAUUAUAGCUGAAGUUCACUUUGAACAAGAAGUAAAUUGUAGAUGUAAUGAUCCUAUUUGCACUGCUGCAUUACUGUUGCAUCGUUGUGUUACUACCUUUUAUGAGACCUACCUGAGAGGUGAGUUUAAAACCAGCAGAGAUAUGCUUAUCUGUUCAGCGGUAUGACGUAAGAUCUUCAGUACAGUCAGUGAAAUAUAAAACGGCACUGCUACUUUUACAUGCUGUGAUUCUGAGAGAAUUGAACCCUCGUUCUGUAGCAACAGGGACUCAUGAAAGACCGGUUUAAUUUGUGGGUCUGUUGCAGUUACGAAAGACUAUUUGUCUUCGGCUUACCCCCAAUGAGUGCUUAGAUAUUUUCAGUGGUGUAUGUUUAUCAUAGGGGUUUACAGAUUCCAGAUCUGUACUCUCCCUCGUGCCAGCACAGUUUAUGUUGGUGGGCCAGGUCUCAUCAUAUUAUAAUGUGCACUUUCUCCUCCAUUUUGACCUGUGAGGAACUUUGAACUGUAUUUCUGGGCAGCUGUAGAUCAUUCAGACCAAUUUGGGACUUGUAGAAAUGUUUGUCUUUUUUUUUGAGCACAUUGUCUAAAUGAUGUAUCGAAAGGUCUAAGCUUGAGCGUGUCUGCAAAGCUGAGCAAAAGUAAUCCAGGCAGUGCCAGAACACUGUAAAUGAAAUCAAAUUUAUCUGAAGAACUGCUUAUUUGUUUUCUUUAAUGAGAAUUGCAAUGUAGGAAGAGCUCUAUCAACAGCAUACAACUUUAAAAAAAUCAAUAAAAGUGUUUUUUU